AGGUACCGCCUUGUAGCUAAUUGAUAGACGAUAGACAAUAGACGAUAAGAUAAACAAGCCUAAGAGUACCUACAUGAGGUAACACAUUAAACUUCCCUCAUUGACAAAACAAAACAGAUGACAAGCUUGAUGCUUAUAAUAAAAUAAUACGACAAGUCAUAUGAUUUCGCCAAUGGGCUUGUAUAUAGCCAAUCCUGACUCUUUGAGUCGCCAUGGACGAUUUUUCCGACGAUGACUUCGACACCCUCAAUGCGAACAUCCUACAGGAGCUCGAGAAUAAUGCCAUUCAAUUCACUCAAGCACAGAAGAAAUACCAACAAUCUCAGACUCAACCCCAAUUCGUUGACGAUUUCGAAGAUGACGACCUCGACGAUGCCGUCGUACAAGACGAACUGCGCGGAAAUUCCAUCCUACCAGAAGAAACAACCCAGCUGCCAUCGAGGGUAGCUCCCCAGCAGCAAUAUCAACAAUAUCAACAACAAUGGAGUGGUCAGGUACCUGUUCCUGCCAAUCACUUCCGCCCUCAGCCUGUCCAUUCAGCCUCUCGAAAUCCACUACCAGCUCCUACUACCUCCCGUCAACCCCAGCAACCGAUUUCUCGCGCCCCAGCUCCAUCAUAUAGCCAAAUUCGUCCACCGCCUCCCUUACCCCGACCGGCUCCUUCUAUUCCUCCAAGAUACCAAGCCUCGCAAGCUCAAAGGCCCAAUGUACCAUCGAAUCACGAAAUAUCUGCCUUACAAGCCCAGAUACUAGACCUAAAAACGAGACUUACAACCAAAGACGGAGAGAUAGGCAUUGUCCGGAAACGGUUGGAGAAGACACGCGAAGAUCACGAGCGCGAGCUUCAGGCACUCAAGAAGCAGGCAGCCGAGCAGGUAUCAAAACAUGAAAGAGCUCUCGAGGCUGCUAAGACGGCACAACAGGCCGCUUCUACAGAACUUGAAUUUACAAGGCGAGAUCUCAAAGACGAGCUAGAUCGCGCUAGGCGUAAAGACGGACCCGCGACGCCUAAGAAGAAUGCCGCUGCUAAAUCGUGGGGCAUUGCAGAUGGAUUUGAAGAUGUCGAGAUGGCCGGUAGCCCGAGCAAGGGACGGCGUGGUAGGAAUACCGGUGCCGUAGCCGGCGCCAUGGUAGAACCGCCUGCAAGACUAACGAGAACUCCUACCAAAGGAAAGAGGAAACGACUGGCUGCCGAUAGUCCUAUCGCAGCGCUGGAAACUCACUCGGAAGAUGCAGUCAUGCUGGAUCAUACUGGUGUGAACGAUACUAGCAACGCACAAUUUACACACGUAGAUGCGCCACCUAGAGCCGCUUCCUUCGAUUAUAUAAAGGUGAUACUUAAUCAUAGUUCUAAACGUGGUGGCCCACUGGCUUUCGAGUCCCUAGCUAAUUACCGGCUUCCGUCGAGACCUACGGAAAGCCUUGCUUCUACCCUCUUUCAGAAACUGGCUGUCAUCGGAGAUCCUCACGACCCUAUGCGCCUACCGAUAGAAUUUUGCGAGCAAGUUAUUCAACUAUGGCGUAGCUGUCACAAGGAGGGUGUUUUGGAACCUAUAAUGGAGCUGGUGUCUUUGAUAUAUUUGACCGUACAGCUAUAUACCGUCGCUGUUUCUCCGUAUAUUGCACCCUCCCUUCUGCCGGUUGCUAUGGACUCGUGCUUUGAGGUAGGAAUUCCUAGAUUUUAUCAUGAGGGUCCUGGUGAUCCGCCAGAGGAAGCCUGGAGAAAUUUCAACAAGAAUAUCUCGACCCCUGAGAUUCUCUCUUUAUUAUAUUUAACCGCCCUAGGAUGCGCAGCUUCACCGCCCGUCGACGGUGUCACAGACCCUGCAAUUGAUUUCUGGAGUCAGGUCCAGGUGGAAUUCGUCCUCCUACAUCUAAGUCAAAAACAUCCAGUAGAGGAUUAUUUGACCAUACUGCGAUGGUUAUGCACGUCGGUGUUCCCCGAAAGCAUCGGACCUAUCAGUCCUGACAGGACGUUGGAGGUUGUGGCGGGUGCGUUGAUUGAGCGCAUUUCGCAUCAGCUUGUCGAAAAACCACGUUGGGAAAUUGACCAAUAUAAGCAACGGGGCGUUCGAAAUGCCGUACUUCGAACGCUGGCGGCCUUUGCAAGGUCCUCCUUCGGACUUGCGCAAUUAGCCAUUAAUGACUAUGCUAUCCCACGCCUUGUCACCCUGCUCUCCUCGUGUAUAGACGAGCUCUACGAUGGCGACAUGCGGUACGAAUCUUCGGAGGAUGACGAUUCACAAAAGGAACUACAGACAUUGGUAGCACGUUCGGUGUUACUAUUACACACGAUCAUCACGAACCCCUUGACUGCCGACUUAGUGAAUGUGUCAGGGAAACUGGCCAAGCCACCAGGGGUAUCGCAGAAGUACCUGCUCAGUUUAGGAAGACUCAAUUUUUCAGAAGACUUGGUGUCAGAAGAAACAGCAGAACUUGCGCAUGAGUUAUUGGAGCUAGCAGUAACACCAGAAGAGGGUGAGGAGUUGGGCCGGUUCUUCGGGGGGUAAGCAUUUUUGAUGGCGCAUUUGGACAACGCCAGCCAUCUAGCCGGCAAAUAUACAGGAAUCACAUCAUCUAUGCGACCCAGUCUACCUUUUAGUGGCAUUGAGGAUAUUGGCCUAGGGUAUUGUUGGUUCAAAAUGUACUUUGGAAGGCCCAGAAAGAUGUGUUUAUCGAUUAUUCUUAGAGGUCUAGGGGUAUUAGUAUAGUAGCCCUACUCGCUUCCUCGAAGAUAUUUACAAAAAGAUAAUAUUUGAGGCUCUUUUAUGGGCCUCAUUGUGGAUUAUCGUUUAAGAGUAGUGAAUGGGAAUCAUUGGUGGUGGAGUAUGUAGAAGUUUAUAUUACCUGCAUAUGCAUCGAUCAAGUUUCGGUACAUAAUCUGAGGUCACGUAUGC